CUCUGCAUCGUUUUAAGGAGGGAGCAACUCAUGGUAUUCCUCUCGUCUUUGUCUAUCUCUCCUUUACAUAUCGACACUAAAUACUAGAUCUGCUUAACCAAUUCGUGCUCUCCGCUACUGCAUAAGCUAUGCACCAAGAUCAACCCCUUCUUCUUCUCCUCCUCCUCCUCCUUCUACAUCGGUCUUUUAGCAUUGCCAUCGAAAAUAAUCACUGCACAACCUUUUGCGGUGAGGUAGCAAACAUAAGUUACCCGUUUCGGUUGAUGGGAGACCCGAAAUUUUGCGGCCACAGUAAUUAUGAGCUAGCCUGCAUAGAUAACCGCACCAUUCUGGCUUUUAACUCGAGCAAGUACUUUGUACACAACAUCGACUACACCAACCAAACGAUUAGGGUCGCUGAUGUCAAGCUACAGAAGGGCAAUUGCUCAUCCCUUCCUCUCAAGUCUUUAUGGGGCCUUAAUGGAUGGCCCACGAUUUAUUCUACUUAUUCUUAUUCUUCUUCUUCUUAUUAUACACCCAAGGCUGUUUCGAUCGUGAGUUGUGUGCAGGCCGUGGAUUUUCCAUUUUACAUUGAUGCUUCGUCAUGCCUUGAUGGGCCUCCAUUACUUAAUUACUCUGGUGCGAGAAGGCGAGUGUAUGCCUUGGUCAAUGCAAAUGUCUCAUCUAUGGAAACCGCAUGCACUAUAGAGUUUAUGGCAAUGCUGCCAUGGUGGGUUGAUGAAUCUGAUCUUUGUUCCUAUGCGAAAAUUCAUGAACAUAUGGUUUAUGGAUUCGAGGUUUAUUGGAUGCAUCCUCGACACUCCAAGAUAGAUAUCGCCUAUGUCCUCGCCCUUCUCAGCUAUAUUGGAUAUAUCUUGGUCUUUCCCAUCGUUUCCAUUUAUUACAAACUCAAUCUCAGCUGGGGAAUACCGAGCGACCCUUACCUUGAUGUGAUUCUCCCGCUCUCCGGCAUUGGUAACAUUACUAUAGUCUUCUCAUUGUGA